AUGAGUUGUAUUGAAGAUCAAAGAGCUGUUUUAUGCCAAUGUACAAUUUGUAGAAAAGUUAGAUUCUUUACAUCAGAGAAACCAAAAAUUAAAACAACAAGACUUUGUGUUUUGAUACUUCAAUCAUUGAAAGAAAUAAAACCAUUACAAGAUUAUUUUAAUUUGAGAGAUGACGUAUAUUCUUUCAUUCAACAACAUUGGAAUAUAUUAUCCAAUCUUACAACAUUUAAGAAACAAAAUUGGAAGAAAUCAAUUCUUGAUGCCUUUAAUCAUUGUCCCCAAAUAGAAUCAGGAAAAGGGUUGUUUAAUAACAGAGGAUAUUAUAAAUUGAAAGAUGGAACUAUGACAUCUAUUAGUGAUGAUACAGAGACAUUAACAACUAUGAAUUCUAUAGUAAUGGGUUCCAUUCAAAAUGUUGUUAAUCAACUAUAUAACAAUUUAUUAAUUUUAAGUAAAUUUGGUAAUGACUCAAUCGCUCAACAACAUUCAUAUAUUAUGAUGAAUUUGUUAACUUCACUUUGUAAUUAA